UAUACUCACCCACCACUGUCACUCCUUUUUCAUAUAUACCUUGCUUUCGUCUCUUUGCUUUCUUCACCGUGUCACAGUCCCAUUUCCCCAAUUUGAUCGCUUCUGCAACUCUUUUGGUUUUCUGGGUCUGUUAAAGUUUUAAGCUUUCCCAAUUUCUAGGCAGCCAUGAACGCCCUCGCCGCAACAAGCCGUAACUUCAAGAACGCCGCACGACUUCUUGGGCUGGAUGCUAAGAUUGAGAAGAGUCUUUUGAUCCCCUUCAGGGAGAUCAAGGUGGAGUGCACGAUUCCCAAGGAUGAUGGAACCUUGGUUUCGUACGUUGGAUUUAGGGUGCAGCAUGAUAAUGCACGUGGGCCCAUGAAGGGAGGGAUCAGAUAUCAUCCUGAGGUUGAUCCAGAUGAAGUAAAUGCCCUGGCUCAACUUAUGACAUGGAAGACUGCUGUGGCAGACAUUCCAUAUGGUGGAGCAAAGGGUGGAAUUGGAUGCACCCCAAGGGAGUUGAGUAAGAGUGAGUUGGAGCGCCUGACUCGUGUCUUCACUCAGAAAAUCCAUGAUCUCAUUGGAAUUCACACUGAUGUUCCUGCACCUGAUAUGGGCACCAACGCUCAAACUAUGGCAUGGAUUUUAGAUGAGUACUCCAAAUUUCAUGGUCACUCACCAGCUGUUGUCACUGGAAAACCAAUUGAUCUUGGAGGAUCUCUAGGUAGGGAGGCCGCAACUGGACGCGGUGUUGUUUUUGGAACAGAAGCUUUGCUAGCAGAACAUGGGAAGUCAGUGAAAGGCUUGACUUUUGUUAUUCAGGGUUUUGGAAAUGUGGGAUCCUGGGCAGCAAGGCUCUUGCAUGAGAGAGGCGGGAAGGUUAUUGCUGUUAGUGACAUCACUGGUGCAGUUACUAACCCCAAUGGAUUAGAUAUCCCUGCGUUGGUUAAGCAUAAAGAGGACACUGGGAGUUUGUUAAACUUCAGUGGUGGAGAUAUGAUGAACCCUACUGAACUGCUUACAAAGGAAUGUGAUGUCCUUAUCCCUUCUGCUCUGGGUGGGGUUCUGAACAGGGAUAAUGCUUCAUCAGUGAGAGCCAAGUUCAUAGUUGAGGCAGCAAAUCAUCCUACUGAUCCUGAAGCAGAUGAGAUUUUAUCUAAGAAAGGAGUCAUCAUUCUCCCAGAUAUAUAUGCAAAUGCUGGUGGUGUGACUGUCAGCUACUUUGAGUGGGUUCAGAAUAUUCAAGGUUUCAUGUGGGAAGAAGAGAAGGUGAAUAACGAGCUUCAGAGGUACAUGACUCGGGCCUUCCAUAACAUCAAGAACAUGUGCAAGACUCAUGAUUGUAAUCUCAGAAUGGGUGCCUUCACAUUGGGUGUAAACCGGGUAGCCCGCGCAACUCUCUUGAGGGGUUGGGAAGCAUGAGGAGCUUUUCAAAUCACAACCUGUUUAGCAGUUUUUCUCUUUCCCUCUUUCGUAGGAUCACAGCCUAAAAACACAGCUUGGAAUCCGUUCUUAGUUGCCUUAAACAUUCCUGUUAUAUUUUUCCACCGUUGUGACAUUUUUUGGUGAGGUUUUGUAUGCCUUAGGGGGAUUGAUUUAUUCUGAAAAUUCGGUCUCAAUGUGUCUGAAAAUAUUGAGAACCAUUAUGCAAUUUAGUUUAAAGUUGUAUCUUUA